CUUCUAUCUCGCUUGCACUAAUUCGUUAGAUGUAUAUCUGUUUCAUUUUAAGUGCAAAGAGUGUACUCUAUAAAGAAUGAACAGAUCGUAGGACUGCGCACGUUUCACUAUCGUUAGGUUUAGUGGGGGAUUCAAAACUUCAGAACGUUAACCACGGCAUGUAUUGUAGACGUUACGAGGCGUCAACAAACGUGCUACUCCGGAGAGUGAAGAGAAUUUCACGGUUUUUUUCGGGGCACGGAUAACGCGUUUGAUCGAUCAUCAUGGAUCUGGCAAUCGAAAAACUUCACCGUACUCUACUGGACGCGGCAUUGCCAUCGACUGUUGAAGAUCUUAAAAAUGCAACAGAGGAUUAUGUCGUGAAUCUGUUAACAACAUUCUUAUCACGUUUCGAAAUCAAUAUGAGCUUGAUUGAUCAGCCAAUUCCAGAACAACUUAUCGCUAUGCCUUAUUACGAGGAUUCUGAUGUGAUAAAUCUCAUUAAUUUACACACAGUUGUGACACGGAUAUUUGACAAGAUAUUUCUACAUGACUUUUGUCUUAGUGACAUCACUAGCCCAGGACAGAAACGAUUUAGAAAGCAAGUGAAAUUUCUUUCUAACUUUGUAUUGUAUACAAUACAUAAGAAGUCAGGAUUUAAUGACAAGAUGGAUCAAAUCCAGACUAUGUCUAAACUACUGGAAGAUGCGAAAGAAAGAAAGGCUCAAGUUGCAGAGUCUAUUAAUAAUAAACUUAUGCACAAAGCGAAGCAGUUGUCCAUAAUAGAAAAGCUAGAGAAUGAGAUACAAUGUAUACAAUCAAAAGCGGACAAAAUUAAUAAGAAGGAGGCAGAGCUUGAAAGAAUAAAAAGCGAAGUAGAACAGAAAAAUCAAAAGGCUAAAGAACGUUGUGGCUCCGUUAGGACGAAAGCAGGAAAGCUGUCCAAGUUGAUAAAUGAAGUACGGUCACAAGUUGUACAGUCACCAAAAAAGUAUCAAUCUCGUUUAGACGAAAUUGAGAAGCAACAUAAAUCAAAAGUAGAGGAACGCGAUAUAAUGCAGGAAGCCAUCCAAGAAAAGAAACAGUCUAUAAAACAAAUCGAGGAGAAACUGAAUCUUGUCCAAAGAAUAACUGACGACUUUCGUGUAUUAGCAGAUAUAUAUAAAGAGCAGAAAGACAAGAAAACAAAAUUAAACAAUGUUACAAAAGCAACUGACUCCUUAAACAAUAAUUUGAAAGAAUCAAAAACAAAAUUAGCAAUACAUAACGAUCAAAUGGACAGUGAAAAGAAAAAAUUACAAAUCUAUAUUGAAGAAGACAUGAUGCCAUUGCAUACCCUGCACAUCCAAGUAUUGAGUGAAAAGAAGAUACUGAAAACCAAAUUAGAUAAAGAUCGAGAUUGUUUCAAUGAAAAAUGUUUAAGACGAAACAAAUUACAAACCGAAAUUAAGAAAAUAGAGGAAGAAACGACAGAUCUAAUAAAAAAUGCUCAGGAAUGCUAUGACAACGAUAUAGCUAAUGAGAUUGAAUUACAGAAAGCUUGGAGAGAAGAGUAAUUACAAGACGUUGAUUUUCUAUAAUUAUGUCUAAAUUAAGCAAUUAUUAAAUUAUGUUUUAAAUACAUAUAUUUUAUAAAAUAAAACGAUCUAAAAAUCUUUUUCUAUUCGCUCUUGCUUUCUAUUAAGAUACUACCAAUAAAACUUAGAAUAAAUAACUUAAAUGUAUUAGUUUGAUAUCGAAAAUAAUAUUCUGUAGUUUGUCGAAAA